UUUUCUUAUCUGUAGUUUCUGCUUGACAAAUACAUUCAUGAUGCAGGGCAGUUUAUGUAGCGAGAAACUUGAAAUAUAUUGCUUCGCUGGUUGAAAGACUGGAUUCUCGAUCACGCCUGUGAACCUGUCUCGUGCGUUCCCCGAGAAUGCAACAAUGAAUGCCUCUAACGCUGGUGCUUGGACCAAAAUACGGCUUGCAGUCAACUGCUAGACAUUGGGAUAUAUCAUUAGACUUCAACGUCAGAAAAAGAAGGGAAUAACAUCGCCUGCUCCGAAAACUGGGGAGUAAAAUCGGAAUUUGCGCGCAAAACGUGGACUGAUACUAUGUUACCAUGGGUUUUUUAGAGGUCAUCCUGCUCUUUGGAUUAUUGCGCAUUCAAGUCAGUGGGUCGCGUCUGCGCCAGGAGGACUCCCCGCCCCGGAUCGUGGAGCACCCCUCCGACCUGAUCGUGUCCAAGGGGGAGCCAGCCACCCUCAACUGCAAGGCGGAAGGGCGGCCCACCCCGACCGUGGAGUGGUACAAGGACGGGGAGCGCGUGGAGACGGACCGGGACGACCCCCGCUCCCACCGCAUGCUCCUGCCGAGCGGCUCCCUCUUCUUCCUGCGCAUCGUCCACGGGCGCCGGAGCAAGCCGGACGAUGGCAACUACGUCUGCGUCGCCCGCAACUACCUGGGGGAGGCGGUCAGCCACAACGCCUCGCUGGAGGUCGCAUUGUUGCGAGACGACUUUAGGCAGAACCCCUCAGACGUGGUGGUGGCAGCUGGGGAGCCUGCCACCCUAGAGUGCCAGCCUCCUCGGGGUCACCCCGAACCCACCACCUACUGGAAGAAGGACAAGGUGCGCAUCAAUGACAAGGACGACAGGAUCACUAUCCGGGGAGGGAAGUUAAUGAUUGCCAACACCAGGAAGAGUGAUGGAGGAAUGUACGUCUGUGUGGCCACCAACAUGGUGGGCGAGAGGGACAGUGAAACAGCUCAGCUCUCUGUCUUUGAGCGGCCCACGCUUGUGCGCCGGCCCGUCAGCCAGGUGGUGCUGGAGGAGGAGAGUGUGGAGCUCCGCUGCCAGGCCCAGGGAGACCCACCACCUUCUGUACGCUGGAAAAAGGACGAUGCAGAUAUACCCCGUGGGAGGUAUGAGAUUAGAUACGACAAGGAGGACAGCGUGCUGCGGAUCAAGAAGGCCUCAGCGGGAGACCAGGGAACGUUCACCUGUGUGGCAGAGAAUCGCAUGGGCAAAAUAGAGGCUUCGGCAACCCUUACUGUUAGGGCGGCACCGCAGUUUGUGGUCAGGCCCCGGGACCAGAUUGUGGCACAGGGGCGCACGGUCACCUUUCCCUGCGAGACCAAGGGGAACCCCCAGCCUGCCAUUUUCUGGCAGAAGGAGGGCAGCCAGGAUCUGCUAUUCCCCAGCCUGCCCCAGCAGCCCAGCAGUCGCUUCUCUGUGUCCCCCAGUGGAAACCUCACCAUCUCCUCUGUGCAGCGCGUGGAUGCUGGCUUCUACAUAUGCCAGGCCCUGACAGUGGCUGGCAGCAUCCAGGCCAAGGCCCAGCUGGAGGUCACAGAUGCACUGAUGGACCGGCCGCCGCCCAUCAUCCGACAAGGACCGGCCAAUCAGACACUGGGCGAGGACAGCGUGGCACUGCUGAGGUGUCAGGCGUCGGGGGAACCGGCUCCCACCAUCACGUGGCUGAAGGACGGGGUCAGCCUGCUGGGCAAGGACCCGCGCCUGUCUCUGCUGGACCUGGGCAGCCUGCAGAUCAAGAACACCAAGCUAUCAGAUUCGGGAAUUUACACCUGUGUGGCCUCCAGCUCCAGUGGAGAGACAUCAUGGAGUGCUUUCCUGGAAGUCAGGGAAACGGGCGGGGUCACCGACUCUCUAAGCCAAGACUCGGGAGAUCUUCCCGGGCCUCCCUCUGACCUUCAGGUCACCGAUGUCACCAAGAACAGUGUGUCAUUGUCCUGGCAACCUGGGCCUGCUGGGAGCUCACCAGUAUCUUCCUUUGUCAUUGAGGCAUUCAGCCAGCUGGUGAGUAAUAGCUGGCAGACAGUGGCAGACCAUGUGAAGGGCACGCAGUUCACUGUCACAGGCCUCAGGCCUAACACCAUCUACCUGUUCAUAGUCCGGGCUGUCAACACCCAGGGCCUUGGUGACCCAAGCCCCAUAUCUGAGCCUGUCCGCACUCAAGACAUCAGACCCCCUGCACCAGGCGUUGACCACCGGCACGUGCAGAAGGAACUGGGUGAUGUCAUCGUUCGCCUGCACAACCCCGUGGUUCUGAGCCCCACCGACAUCCAGGUCACAUGGACGGUGGACCACCAGUCUCAGUUCAUUCAGGGGUACCGGGUGCUGUACAGACAGACGUCGGGGCUGCCGUCCCCGGGGAGCUGGCAGAGCCAGGAUCUCAGGGUCCCCUCAGAGCGCAGCGUGGUGCUGUCCAGCCUCAAGAAAGGCGUGGUCUACGAGAUCAAGGCCCGGCCCUACUUCAACGAGUUCCAGGGCGUGGACAGCGAGUCGGUGACGGCGCGCACUACAGAGGAUGCCCCAAGUGCCCCCCCACAACAGAUCACUGUCCUCACUCUAGGGAACCACAACAGCACCUCCAUCAGCAUCUCCUGGGACCCCCCACCUCCAGACCACCAAAAUGGCAUCAUACAGGAGUAUAAGAUCUGGUGCCUGGCAAACGAGACGCGAUUCCAUGUGAAUAAAACGGUGGACGCAGCAAUCCGCUCAGUGGUGGUAGGGGGGCUGCAGGCAGGAAUACAGUACCGCGUGGAGGUGGCUGCCAGCACCAGUGCAGGGGUGGGGGUCAAGAGUGAACCCCAGCCCAUUGUGAUUGGAAAAGAGCUGAAGGACGGGAUGACGGAUGCGGAAGGCAACAGCAGCCUCUCGGAUGUGCUGAGACAGCCAGCCUUCAUCGCAGGCCUUGGGGGAGCCUGCUGGAUCAUCCUCAUGGGCUUCAGUGCCUGGCUCUACUGGAGGAGGAAGAAGAGGAAGGGCCUGAGCAACUAUGCAGUCCAGUCCUUCACCUUCACCCGUGCAGUGACAUUCCAGCGUGGGGAUAGAGCCUUGAUGAGCAAUGGAAGUCGGCCUGGCUUGCUGAAGGCUGGCGACCCAAGGUUCCCCUGGCUGGGUGACUCCUGGCCCUCCACCAGCUUGCCUGUUAAUACCAGCUCCAGGGGUCCCAAGGGCGUGGCCAACUUUGGCCGAGGAGAUGUUUUGCCCAUUGGGCAUGGUGAGAAGACGGGCACCAUGCUGUCGGACGGGGCCAUCUACAGCAGUAUUGACUUCACCAGCAAGGCAGGCUACCGGAUCCCCAGUCAAGCCACUCAAGCCACACCCUACGCCACCACUCAGAUCCUGCAGUCUGCCAGCUUCCAUGAGCUGGGUGUCGAUCUGCCUGACCCCCGGUGGAAGGCCUCCCUCCAGUCUAAACAAGACGGUCUGGGAUACGCUCUGACUGACAGCUCCUGCAACAACAAUGGGAAGGGGGGAAAGAAGAAGAAGAAGAUGAAGACUCCGAAGAGUGGCGGGUCUUGCUGGGCCAGUGUUCCCCUGCCCCCACCACCCAUGCAUCCUCUCCCUGGCACCGAGUUGGACCACUGCGCCCCCCAGAACCAUGAUGGAGGAGGGUAUAAGAGUGACAGCUGGGGUCCAGCUUUGCCCCUUCAAACCUAUCUGCACCAGGCUCUGGAAGAUGAGCUUGAAGAGGAGGAGGAGCAUGUGCCGGCCCCGCCCCUCAGAGGAGUGGCCAUGUCCCCAGCAGCGGUGUCCUAUGGCCAGCUGUCCACAGCUACGCUAACCCCCUCACCUCGUGAGGAGACACAGGCCAUGCUGCAGGCACGCCUUGACGAGCUGACCCGUGCCUACCAGCUGGAUGUGGCCAAGCAGACCUGGCAGAUGCAGGCCAGCUCCCACUUGCCAAGGACCCCGGCGGGCUAUGCAUCCGGCACCCUGUCGUCUGACCUGGAGACAGACAUCAAAAACGAGGAUGAGGAAGAUGGGGAUGAGGAAGAUGAUGAAAGCUACACAAUGUUGAGUCAGCUCCGUGACAUCCAUCAUGGAACUGGGUCCAGCACUGACAGUCUGGACAUCUCUGUCACAGGGAAAAGCAUCUCCCAGCGGCCAAGGCCAGGCAGCACCCCCACCACAGACAAUGGUAUGAUGGGGACACAUAGUCUGGGUCACCAGAGGGCACCACACCCAGGCCGAAACCACAGGGGAGGGCAGCCAGAGCGCGGUGGAACAGAGCCCCACCGGAAAAAUGCCAAUGCAGAUGUCCUACCUCCUCCUCCUGAUCCCCCACCCUGUCUGGGGGUGUGUCUUCAGGCUUCCUGGGAUGAGGGGGGCACGGAUGCCCUGAGAGAGCGGAAGCAGAGGCCUGGCCUGGAGCAGGAGAGCUCGCUACAGAGAGAAACCCUCUGCUCCCUAGAGCAACAGAGGUUUGUGCAGGAGCGGCAGGGAUCCAUGGGGCGAUGGGCUCUCCCGAAAACCGGCACAGACCACCCCGGCAUGGGGCACAUUGCAAUGCACCACCAGGGGCAGUACUGCGGGGAGCUAUAGUGCUCUGCCGAUGAUCUGCACCACCCACUGCCCAUAUGACCUGGUGUGUUGGACACCUCACCAAUUUGUGCAAUGAACUUUUUCCUUAUUGAUGUACUACUGGAAAAAAGAAAACAAGAGGAUGACAAUGGGGAAAAAAAGAAA